AUGUUCCGCGUCUCCCUCUCAAAGUCCCUGGCCCCCGCUGCCUCCCGCGCGAGCAGGCUCGCCACGCGCCCUGUUAUUGCCCGCGCGUAUCACGAGAAAGUCAUCUCUCACUAUGAGCAGCCUAGAAACGUCGGCUCGCUCCCCAAGAAUGACAAGGAUGUUGGAACUGGCCUCGUCGGUGCCCCUGCCUGCGGCGAUGUCAUGAAGCUCCAAAUUCGCGUCGACGAGAACGGCAUCAUCUCCGACGUCAAGUUCAAAACCUUUGGCUGUGGCUCGGCCAUCGCGUCGUCGUCGUACAUGACGGAGCGGGUUAAGGGGCUCUCGUUGGAGGACGCGGAGAAGAUUAAAAACACGGAGAUCGCUAAGGAGUUGUGCUUGCCCCCCGUCAAGCUCCACUGCUCGAUGCUCGCCGAGGACGCCAUUCGCUCGGCCAUUCGCGACUACCGCAAAAAGCGGAGCACGUCGGCCAACCCGAAAAAGGCUGGUUUCAUCGACGUGUCACAAAGCGCGGCCACCGGCGAGACUGUCGCCACCGCGCAUCCACCAUCGUCGUAG